AUGCUGCGAUCUGUCCAGCUUGCCCUCCUCGCCCUGGCCGGCCUCGGCGCCGCGCUCCCGCAGGAGACGGGCAACAAGUUCUACAAGCGCACCGAGGGGGACAUUGAGUACAACGUGUUUGAGCACGCGGCGACAGGCACGGCGCUGAAGUACGUCAACAACUCGGGCAUCUGCGAGACGACGCCCGGUGUGAACCAGUACUCGGGAUACCAGACGACUGGCGACAACAAAAACAUGUGGUGGUGGUUCUUUGAGGCGCGCAAGGACGCCAAGACGGCUCCCCUUGCUCUGUGGCUCAACGGCGGCCCUGGAUGCAGCUCCAUGCUCGGGCUGUUCCAGGAGAACGGGCCGUGCACCUUCAACGACGGCGGCUCGCAGCCGAAGCUGAACCCGUACUCGUGGAACACGUACGCCAAUAUGCUCUACGUCGACCAGCCGAUCGGGGCCGGCUUCAGCUACGGCGACGUCAACGCGGCCGACUCUACGCCGCACGCCGCACCGUUUAUCUGGAAUAUGGUGCAGGCCUUCCUGACGCAGUUCCCGGACUACCAGAGCCGCGACUUUGGGCUCUUCACCGAGUCGUACGGCGGGCACUACGGCCCGGAGUUUGCGUACUACUUUGAGCAGCAGAACGCGGCGAUUGACGCGGGCACGGUAACGGGCGAGAAGAUUAACCUGGUUGCUCUCGGUGUUAAUAAUGGGUGGAUUGACCCUAAGAACCAGUACAAGGCAUACAUCGACUUUGCCGUGCAGAACAAGUACCGCCCGCUGCUCAGCGCCAGCGACGCGCAGCAGUACUACGACGCGUGGACCAACAAGUGCAGCCCGGCCUACGACGGCUGCUCCGACGACCCGAGCACCAACGACGCGUGCGCCUCGGCCGGCGGCACCUGCAGCCAGUACGUGGAGAGCCCGCUGGAAGGGCUCGCGCAGUUUGACGCGUACGACAUCCGCGCGGACAGCGACAGCUUCCCGCCGAGCACGUUUGUCGACUACAUCACGAGCCCGUCGGUGAUGAAGGCCAUCGGCGCAACGUCCAACUUUUCGUCGUGCGGCCAGUCCGCGAUUGGGGGAGAUGACAGCGCUCGCUCGUUCUUGACGCAGUUGUCCUCGGUCAUCCAGUCCGGCAUCAACGUCCUGGUCUGGGCUGGUGAUGCUGACUGGAUCUGCAACUGGAUGGGCAACUACGACGCCGUCCAGUCCAUCGCACCCCAGGACUUUGUCUCGGCGGCGAUCCAAAACUAUACAGUGGGCGGCACGCAGUAUGGCGAGUUCAAGACGUCGGGCAACCUCAACUGGCUGCGGGUGUACGGCGCGGGCCACGAGGUGCCGGCGUACCAGCCGCAGGCGGCGCUGGCGGCGUUUACGCAGAUCAUGUCCAAGCAGAGUCUCAAGUCGACGUAA